AUGGCAGAUGAUGUUGUAGUGGUCUCUGAGACCAUAGUUCGACCAGAGAGCAACGAGGAUGGAUCGGAUCGGGUUAAGAUCCAUCUCACUCCAUGGGAUCUCAUCUUCCUUCGAACUGAAUACGCACAAAGAGCUCUUAUCUUCCCGAAACCCGACCCGAAAGUGAACGUGAUCUCUCAGCUGAAGUCCUCUCUUUCCGCAGCUUUGAAGAUCGUCUAUCCAUUCGCUGGACGUCUAGUGAAGAUCCGCAACGAAGACGACGAAACGGCGUCGUUUUACAUAGACUGCGAUGGUUCGGGUGUCAAAUUCGUGCAUGCAGAUGCUAAAACUGUGUCGGUGAGCGAUGUUUUGGAACGUUCGGGGGAUAACUGGAACGCGUUUUUUCCAGCAAACGGAGUUGAAAGCUUAGAAGGUGUCACGGAGUCUUUGCUUGCUCUCCAAGUAACGGAGUUAAAAGACGGAAUCCUCAUCGGGAACUGA